AUGGCCACGCAGGCUCGACCCGGGACUUUGCUAUAAAAGAGGAGCAGUAGGAUCCCGGGUGCAGUGUUCUGCCAUCGGGACUCUUAAGUUUCCUUAGAGGUCCCGCUUUUCCCAGGUUGCUGCUGACACUCAGGUUGGAAACAUGAAUUUCUACCUGUGUUUAGCUUCCCUGUGCUUGGGACUAGCGGCCGCCAUUCCACCAUUUGACAGGGCUUUAGAUUCUCAGUGGCACCAAUGGAAGGCACAACAUGGGAAGUCCUAUGAAGCGAAUGAAGAUAGUUUGAGGAGAGCAAUAUGGGAGAAGAAUUUGAAAAUGAUUGAAAGGCACAAUCAGGAGUACAGAGCUGGCAAACAGAGUUUCCAGCUGGGAAUGAACAAGUUUGGCGACAUGACCACUGAAGAAUUCCAAGAAGCGAUAAAUUUCUAUAACUCUAGUGCAUCACAGAGGAGGACCAAAAGAUAUCUGCAUCGUGAACCUCUCCUUGCACAGCUCCCUGAAUCUGUAGAUUGGAGAGAGGAAGGCUAUGUAACUCCUGUUAAGAAUCAGGGUCAGUGUUUGUCUUGUUGGGCGUUUAGCGCUGUUGGCGCCAUUGAAGGUCAGUGGUUCCGUAAAACAGGCGAACUUGUUUCACUUAGUAUACAGAACUUGGUUGACUGCACUACUUCUGAUAGCAUCAGUAGCUGCCAUGGUGGUUUCAUGGACAGAGCCUUCCAAUAUGUGCAGGACAAUGGCGGCAUUGAUACAGAGGAGUGCUAUCCUUAUGUUGGAGAGGUUAACGAAUGCAAAUACCAACCAGAAUGCUCUGGUGCUAAUGUCGUUGGAUUUGUAGACAUUCCAUCUAUGGAUGAAAGAGCACUCAUGGAGGCUGUAGCAACUGUGGGUCCCAUCUCAGUUGCUAUUGAUGGAGGAAAUCCAUCCUUCAAGUUCUAUGAGUCUGGUGUUUAUUAUGAUCCUCAGUGCAGCAGUUCACAACUGAAUCAUGCUGGGCUGGUUGUAGGCUAUGGUUCAGAAGGAAUAGAUGGAAGGAAAUACUGGAUUGUCAAGAACAGCUGGGGUGAGUUGUGGGGCAACAAUGGGUACAUUUUAAUGGCCAAGGAUGAGGAUAACCACUGUGGAAUAGCAACAGAAGCCAGCUACCCUGAAGUGUGAUUUGAUCAAAGGGGAAUCAUUUCAGAAAGACUUGAAAACAGGAUCCAACAUGCAUCGUUCAGAAUAAAACACUUGAAUGUAGCCCAGGAUCCAAGUUGUAAUUUGAUUUUGUUGUGACAUUUUUACAUUUUGGAAAUGUAAAUAUUACUUUGUUAUAGCUUGUUAUAUUGCCUAAUUCAGAGACUUAAAAUUUUUCAUUUUAAAAUUGUAUUGUAAUGAUGGAGUGUAGAAAAAAGAACCUUGGGUGGGGGGGAAUGGAAAUGUUGAGAGCUCUACAGUUACAUGAGGCAAGAAACGGCAGUUGGAAAAUGGACAAUGACUUCUGGAAAAUUCUCCUGAGGAGAGUAGCUUGAGUGCUGAGACACAGAAGGAAUUGGAAGGAGGAGCUGGUUCGGGGCCAUUCAAGACACCUAUGAGGAUUUCUAACACUGACAGAAAUCUUAACAUCGCUGGUUCCUGUUUAGAAACAUCACUGGUUCCUGUCAAGAAACCUAAUUUGUACAAAGACUUUUAUUCCAUGAACUUUUGAGAUACUGGACUCUCUUCUCUUUUUUUUACCUCUCCCCUGCUUACAAGAAAACCUAGUACUUCAGUAAUUAGUUUUAUUUAGAGAGUUAGUGAGACCCACAACCCCUCUAACCUCUACCCUUUGCCCCAAAUCAACAAUUAAAUCAAAUAAGCAGUCAGAUAGCAAAUUCAAUCUCGUUUAUUUACAUCUAGAGAGUAAACCCAUUGGCAGACUCCAUCUUGUUGCCAGUUUUCAAGAAGACAUGUGGGGGAGGCUUGUGAGAGCCCCAAACUAGAACAUAUCAGGAUUGAGGUCCCUCAUAGCUCUCCUUGUAGAGAAGACUUCCCCACCGCCCUUGAAGGCUGGCACUGCUAUUAAAGGGCAAACUUUCACCAAGGGGAGAUCUCUAUUUUGUCUCCCUCAAGUAAUUCAGGGACUCUGGGAGGGAGUUGUGAAGGAAGCCAUUUUCAUCGACCCUUUCCUCACUGCCAUCAACCCUUAUUUCUCCAUAUAAGGAGUAAGAGACCCUCAAAAUUGCAGUAUGUAUAAAGCUUUACCUUUUUAAAUGAACCUCAUCAAUUCAUUGUAUGUGCACUUUGGGAGAACUGAUUGAGAAGAGAAUUGGGUUUCUAGUUUUUUUUGUCCUAGAAUGGGGAAUGUCAGUGGCUACAAAUAAUGUUUGGAAUUGAAUCCAAAAUUUUGUACUUUACCUCAUUACAACAUUAAAGGCCAAUCAAUGACUCCAAAUGGCUUUGACAUUAUUUCCGUCCCUUGAAAAGCAAAACACAGGAAUGCCACAGGCAAGGUUCAGCCUCACUCUCGACUCCAGGGGUUCCCGACAGGUGGCAAAUGAUCAGUCAAGAAAAUAACAAAUGGAAGACAGCUGUAUCUUUAUGGUCAUGGAAAUGCUUUGCAUCUGAUAGCUGCUCCACCAUCCCCAGGCUUGAUGUUUAUUUUCACACCCAUUUUCUUGGCACAUAGAUACAUUACCUAACACACAUGUCUACAUGAAGAUAAUUGGAAAAAUGAUACAUUAACUUUUAACAAAUCACUUGAUAAAUAUUCUAUAUUCUUGUAUUGUGGUUACAGUUUCUUGACAGAAUAAAGGUUU